AUGGCGGCGAUGGAGAAGAUGCCGCUGAUGAAGUCGGUGGUGUACGAGUCCCUCCGGAUCGAGCCGCCGGUGUCGUCGCAGUACGGCAAGGCAAAGCGGGACUUCGUGAUCGAAUCGCACGACGGCGCGUUUCAGAUCAAGGAAGGGGAUAUGCUGUACGGGUAUCAGCCGUUUGCCACGAAAGAUUCCAGAAUAUUCGACCGGGCCGAUGAGUUUGUUCCGGACCGGUUCGUCGGGGAAGAAGGGGAGGAGAUGAUGAAGCACGUGCUCUGGUCGAACGGGCCGGAGAGUGGGGCCCCCUCCGUGAACAACAAACAGUGCGCCGGGAAGGAUUUCGUUGUGCUGGCUUUGAGGCUGCUGCUGGUGGAGCUGUUCCGACGGUACGACUCGUUCGAUAUUGAGGUUGCGGCGUCGCCGCUCGGCGCCGCCGUUACCGUGACGUCGCUGAAACGGGCCAGUUUCUAGACCGGGCGGCCGAGCUAGGUUAAUUAACUCGGUUUGUUUAUUUAGUGGUAAUUUAGUUAUUUUAUUCGGCGGGAGUGAAGAAGUGUGAGAGAUUGACACGUGGAAAAUGGUGGGAACUGUUUUUUGUGGGG